AUGAAGGCCAGCAUCACACUCCUUUUCGCGUGGUUUCUUGGGGCCACCCUUGCUAGCCCGGCUCCGUUCGCCAGCUCCAAUCUGAAGGAGCGCGCCCUCACUGUCACCGUCGAUGCUCCGGCGGGUACCAUCAUUGGCAAGCAGGAGCUCUUCACCGAGAACUUCAACGGCAUCCCCUACGCCGAGCCGCCAGUCGGCGAGCGCCGCCUGACGCAAGCAGUUCGUCUCGAAAAGAAGCUUGAAAACUUCGAUGCUACAGGGAAUGCUCCUGCCUGCCCUCAAUUCAUUACAGACGUGUCGAGCUCGGGCCUCCUCGACCAAGUUAUCACGACUGUAACCGAAUCGCCUUUCUUCACGAAAGCUCUCAAGGUCUCUGAAGAUUGUCUCAACGUCAACAUUGUCCGGCCCAAGGGGACCAAGGCGGGUGAUGACCUUCCUGUCCUCUUCUGGAUUUACGGCGGAGGUUACGAGCUCGGCUUCAAUGCCAUGUACGAUGGCACCGGUCUGGUCACCGAGGCGGCUGCGGCCGGCAAACCAAACUAUCGUGUCGGAGCCUGGGGCUUCCUGGGCGGCAAGGAGAUUGCAGCCGCUGGCUCGGCCAACAUGGGUUCGUUGGACCAGCGCAUGGGCCUCCAGUUUGUCGCGGACAACAUCCGCGCUUUCGGAGGAAACCCUGACAAGGUUACCAUCUGGGGUGAAAGCGCUGGCUCGUGGUCGGUCUGGAACCAGAUGGCCGCCUUUGAUGGCGAUAACAGGUACAAGGGUCGCAAGCUGUUCCGUGGUGCCAUCAUGCACUCAGGGUCCCUCCUCCCUGCUGAGGCCAUCGACAGCGAGAAGCCACAGAGAAUCUACGACGAGCUGGUUAGCAAGGCGGGAUGCAGUGGUGCGCAAGACACCUUGGACUGUCUCCGCAAGCUCCCCUUCGAACAGUUCAGCAAUGCUGCCAAGUCGUUUAGCGGCAUGUUCUCCUACACCUCUCUUUCGUUGGCGUUCAUGCCCCGCCCCGACGGCAAGUUCAUGACGAAGAGCCCCCAAUCGCUCCUGAAGGAGAAGAAGUACGCCCAGGUGCCGUUCAUCAUUGGUCACCAGGAGGACGAGGGCACUCUCUUCUCCUUGUUCAACGCAAACAUCUCUGGCUCGACCGAUUCUAUGACCUCCUACUACAACGAUGUCUUCUUCCCCAAGGCCCCUCGUGACAAGGUCGCCGAGCUCGUGCAGUCCUACCCCGAGAGCAUCACCGCCGGCUCGCCAUUCCGCACCAGCAUCUUUAAUGAGCUCUACCCCGGUUUCAAACGCUUCGCGGCUCUCCUCGGAGACUUCCUCUUCACCAUGACCCGCCGCGUUGUCCUGGAAACUCAUGCCAUGAACUUUCCCGAGGUCCCGGCAUGGUCGUACACCGCAAGCUACGGAUAUGGUCUCCCCUUCUUUGGCACGACGCACGGCACGGACCUGGUACAGGUCUUCUUUGGCCUGCUGCCCGACUACGCCCAAUCCAACAUUCGCAAGUACUACGCCAACUUUGUCUACAACCUCGACCCAAACGACGCCAGCGGUGGAGACGGCAGCGGCAGCUCUGACGUGCCUGACAACUGGCCGAAGUGGGAGAGCGGCAGCCGCAUCAACAACAACUUCUACAAGCUGUUCUUCAAGCAGGUCAAGGAUGACUUCCGUCAGGAGUCGUAUGAGGUCAUCAAGAAGAACAUUGACUACCUGCUUCAGUAG